GGAAGGGCGUGGCCGUGCCUGGUCCCGCUUGGGGCGGAGUCGGCGCUCAGCUUCCCGCGGUGUUGGUGCGUCGCUCUCGAAGGGGGUCUUGCCUGGGCAAUAUGGUUCGGAAGCGCGCGGCCGGUAGGAAGCCGCAGGGACGCGAACCGUGCGGCCGGAAGGCCAAGGGCGAGAGCAUGGCCGGGCGUGAGGAGAAGGAGGCGGAUGUCUUGGAAGACAAGAAACCUCUAAAGAGGAGCCUUCUCUCCAAAGUCUCACAAGGCAAGAGGAAGAGAGGCUGCAGUGAUCCUGGGGGUCCAGCCAAAAAGAAAGUGGCCCAGGUGACUGUCAAAUCUGAAAACCCCAAGGUCGUGAAGGAUGAAGCCCUCAGCGAUGGGGAGGAGUUCAGGGACUGCGCCAGUGCCCGGAAGAAGUCACACCCCCCACAGAGAGAGGCUGCUGUGGACAAAGGCAGCUGUGAAGGAGACAAUGAGGAAGAAAGCGAAGAUGAUUGGGAAGAGGUCGAAGAACUUGGUGAACCUGUGCCAGGUGAUGUGGGAGAAAAUGCAGCCUUCUCUAAAUCUGUCCUGCCUGUGAAACCAGUGGAGAUAGAGAUUGAAACACCCCAGCAGGCGAAAGCAAGGGAAAGAAGUGAAAGGAUAAAAGUGGAGUUUGAGACCUAUCUUCGGAGGAUGAUGAAACGUUUUGGUAAAGAAGUCCGCGAGGACACGCACAAGGUUCACCUGUUGUGCCUGCUGGCAAAUGGUUUCUAUCGAAGUAACAUCUGCAGCCAGCCGGAUCUGCUUGCUAUUGGCCUGUCCAUCAUCCCAGCUCGCUUUACCAGAGUGCUACCUCAAGACGUGGAUGCCUGUUACCUGUCAAACCUGGUGAAAUGGUUCAUUGGUACAUUUACAGUUAAUGCAGACCUCUCAACCAAUGAACGCGAUGGUCUACAGACGACGUUGGAAAGGAGGUUUGCUAUUUACUCUGCGCGGGAUGAUGAAGAGUUGGUCCAUGUAAGUGAUUUCUCUUGGUGCCACUAUUUUCUAGGACCGUGAGCUAAUGACCAUGGCAGUCACGUGCCAGAUACCAUUCCGGUGUUUUCCAUGUUCUUCCUUAUUCAUUGCUUGUGAAAUAAAAAAUAGGUUCUGAAGCUCAGAGAGGCCAAAGAACUUUCUCAGGGUCAUUCCACUGGUAAGCACUGGAGUCAGGUUCAGGACCAGUGUGUGGGGUGGAAAGCCUGCAUUCGUUCUGUUGCUUGGUGUCCUGGGGCAUUAAGCAUGUACUUUUUGGUCAGGUGCCCUAGAAUUGUUUCCAUUAACUAUUCAAAAAUUAUGUUCAGA